CACUGCCAUUUGCAUCCAAGCAGGGAAACAAAUACAUUUCCUCAUGACUUGAGCUGUGAGACUCAACUUCAAACCAUCAAAAUGAACUUCUUUGGAAAACUUAAAAACCUUGGACCUCCGGCUCCCCCGAGAAGGACAGAUGAUAAUGCUGGAUGGCCACAGGGCGAGUUUGAUGAUGAGGAGGACGGCGGCAUGUAUGAAGCACCUCCCUGUGAGCGUCCCCCAGUGAAAGUCGCACAGAGACAAGAGGAGGAAAACGUUUAUCUCGACACAACAUCCAACCCUGCUGUACCACAGAGGCAGGUUGCUCCUCCACCCAGACCAGGCAAACCUUUGAAACCUCAACAGCGUGCAGACCAGUUCAACUUUGAUUCCAAAAUAAAGAAUCCACCUGAGAUAGACCGAACUGAGAAGCCUGGGAGAAAGAAGAUUAUGCCUCCACCACCUGUACGUCCAUCACCUGCUCUGGUUCCUGUUUCCAACACUGAGGAAGAUGUGUAUCUGGAUCCUAAUGAAGAACAGGAGGAAAAUGAUGACGUGUAUUUGGAUCCUACACCUGCUUGCUCUCCUCCCCCUCGUGCACCCAUGAGAAUGCAUCCACCUCCCAAGACAGGACUUGUACCUGCUUCUGUACCAGUGAUGAAGCCUCCAGUUCCUAGAGCCAAGUCUAGUUCAUUUUUCCCUUCCCUAAAUGAGGUAAAAACAGUUCCUUCAGUUGAAGCAAGGAGAUCCACCAACAUUAAUCCAUCUCUGCCUGCAAAUCUUAAGGAAGUUAAACCAAGCCCUCCAUUGCCAGAAUCUAAACCAGUGGUCUCCUCUGGUGUUGUGAGAACAGCAAAACAAUCUGGAACUGAGGCAAAAGGAUGGUUUCUUGGAGACUGCAACAGAAAGCAGGCCGAGGAGCUCCUAAUGAGAGUCAACAAGGAUGGUGCCUUUCUCAUUCGACAGAGCUCGACCCAGAGCACCAGACAGCCAUACACCCUCGCUGUGCUCUACCAGCAGAAAGUGUACAAUGUACCCAUUCGUUUCCUUGGGGAGGCACGAGGUUAUGCCCUUGGAAAAGAGGGCAAGAAAAACGAAGAGAUUUUUGUCACCCUCGAGGAGAUGAUUUCCCACCACAAGAAUAACCAGCUGCUUCUGAUAGACAGCAGGAGCCAGGCCAAACACACGGCAUAUUUAACCCACCCUGUACACCUGUGAAACAACACACCGUGUUUUCUAUAAUGUUGUUUUCCCAUGAGUUAUAUGAGAUAGUUGCAAAGUUUGAAAGUUGUCUUCUGUGACCAUUUACUUUAUACUAAUAUGGAAAGCACGCUUCCAUCUCCUCCCAAUUAUAAAAAUACUGCCUUAAUCAAAAACCUACAUACAUAUUGUGCUGUCGGAGCCAAGGCAUGCCCAGAAGCACACUCCUUCUGCUAACCAGAGCACAUGUUAAACUUGUCUAUAAAAGAUCCCUCAGGUUAGUACAGUUCACAGCAGAACAGAUUCCUGAGUUGAUUUAACGUUUAGGAAAAGUUCAAUGACUCUUACGUUAGUGCAUGUCACGUUCUGUUCUUUCUAUACUCUGCUAAUCCGGUUAAAGAACAGGAGACACAUUUGUCAACAGAGCUGUCAAUCAUGUCACAUGCCCUCUUUUUAACAUAAAUAAGUAAAUGUAUCUAAACUUCACUUGCACAUAAAUCAGGCUGCGAGGGAAGGCAUGUUUAAGACAACUCACUGUAGGCUCAUGAACUGCUAUAGUAUCUUAAUUUGCAGGUAGAAUCAUCUCUAUUACUUCUCCUGCUCAGUUCUAUUCUUAGGGGCAAGUCUAGUAAAUGGUGGAGAUAACUGUCUCCAUCACUCAGCAAUUUUCAUCUUAGUCACCAGUACAGAUUUGAUGAGUGUCUGUUCAGAAGUGUAGUGUAGAUUAGGUUGAUGACUCUCAGUUUGAUAACACUGUUUGUUCAACAGUAUUUUCUGUGUGAUUUUGUAGAUACUUUACAAUACAGACCAAAAG